CUGGAUCUCCGCUUCCCAAUGCGAGUCCCGCUUCUUCCUUGGAGGAUCGGCGUUGGAUCCCUCGGGAGAGGCUCCCGGAUCCCGCUCGGGGCAGGUCGUUUAUAGAUUAACUCUAGAGAAAAGAAGGACGUUAUUGGAUCAGAAACCACAAAAUUUUGGCCAGGACUCUGUUUUAGAAAAUUAAGAGAUUGUGUCCCGGUUUGAGAAGCAGCUUCCUAUACAAAGGACCAAUCAAUUAAGGAGAAAUCAAACUGGUCAGCAGUCAGGGGUCAUCCCGGGCCUUGACUGAGAGGGGUAACAAGUGGCCCAGAGACCUCUUGAAGUGGAUUUACCUUGAAGACAACAGAGGGUAGAAAAUCAGCCCAAGGCAGCAGCCGCCCGAAAGGAUGAUGGAGCCUGGGAAGCUCUUGGAUCCCCCAUCAGACAUAAGCAGGAGUCCGAAAAAAUCCUAUGAAUGCUCAGAGUCUGGGAAUUCCUUUGCUCAUGGGUCCCUCCUUUCAACCCACAGGAAGGUCCAUAUGGGGAGUGGAUCCAGUCAAGAUUUGAAGGGUCAAAAAUCCUUUUCUGGAAAAAAUAACGAAGAUCUUAGGAGCCCCACAACACUAAAACCCUAUAAAUGUGAGGAAUGUAACUUAUCCUUUGCUCAUAAGCCAAGCCUUCGUACACAUCAGCGAAUCCACACUGGAGAGAAACCUUAUCAAUGUCUGGAAUGUGGUAUUUUUUUCCGUGAAAAAGCCAUUCUCAGAAACCACGAGAGAAUCCACACAGGGGAGAAACCUUACAAGUGUUGGGAAUGUGGGAGGAGCUUUUCUCAGAACUCAAGUCUUUGGGCCCAUGAGAAGACUCAUGCAGGAAUAAAAUCUUACAAGUGCUUUGAGUGUGGAAAAUGUUUCACCCAGAGUUCAGGUCUUCGGAGUCAUUGGAAAACACACAGAGGGGAGAAAAACGAAAAGUGCCUCGAAUGUGGGAAAUGUUUUAUGUCGAAAUCAACUCUGAUGCGACAUCAGGGACGUCACACGGGAGAGAGACCCUAUGAAUGCCCAGAAUGUGAGAAACGAUUUGUGUAUUCUUAUGAACUUCGGAGUCACCAGAAAAGGCACAAAGAGGAGGAUCCGAAUCAAUGUGGGGAGUGUGGGAAAAGUUUUUUUUCGCCAGGAGCAUUACAGGUUCAUCAGAGAAUCCACAGGGGGGAGAAACCCUACAAAUGUGGGGAGUGUGGGAAAUGCUUUUCCCAAAAACAACACCUUGCAACCCAUCAGAGGGUCCAUACAGGAGAGAAGCCGUACAGAUGCGCAGAAUGUGGAAAAUGUUUUGCUCAAAUGGGAGUCCUUUGGACACAUCAUAAAACCCACACAGGGGAGAAGCCAUAUCAGUGCAAUGAAUGUGGAAGAUUUUAUCGUACCUCAUCAACCCUUAGAAAUCAUUUGAAAAUUCACACGGGGGAAAAAAAUCACAAAUGUUUGGACUGUGGGAGAGCAUUUGCUGAGUCAUCUGCCCUUAGAGUUCACAGCCGAAUCCAUACAGGAGAGAAACCUCACAAAUGCUCAGAGUGCAAUAAAUGUUUUUCACAAAAAGUGUCUCUUGUGAAGCAUCAACGAAUCCACACUGGAGAGAAACCAUAUAAAUGUCUGGAAUGUGGGAAAUGUUUUGCCCAACCUUCAGCACUUCACAUGCACACCCGAAGUCACACAGGAGAGUAGCCUCACAAGUGUGCAGAAUGCAAGAAACCUUUUGCUGGUAAUUCAAAGCUAAAAAAGCACCAGAAAGUCCAUAGCAGAGAUAAAUCUCUUCAGUUGUGAACAACAUUGGAAAGCCUUUUUUUUUCUAUAUUCAGAUGUUAACAUUUGCCAGGAACUUCACACAAUGACAGAAGGGAAAUCGAAGAAAUAUUUGAUGUGGGGAAAAUGCUUUUCCUAGUCAGGCAACCUCAAAUCCCAUCAGAGAGAAGACAAUGAGGCAAAAGGGCAUAAGUGUUGGGAAUGUGAGGAUGAUUUGCUCACAAGGCCGCAUUAGUAAUUUAUGUGGGGAAUAGUUGUAAUGUUUUGCAGAGAAUAGGAAAUCCUCGACUUAGGACCAAAACAUGGAAUGGAUUUCCAGUCAUACUAUCAGGCCUGCAGCUGGUUCCUUUUAGGA